AUGAAAAGCUAAGCAAUUUAUAGCUCACAUAAAUAAUCUCCGAUUAGAAUGAGUUCUCAAAAUUAGCAUGAAAAUGUAGGACCUAGAAAUAAUGUAGUAAAUUAAGGAAUAAAUGGCAAUAAAACAUUCUAUCAAUAAAAUCUGCUAAGAAAUAGCAGUGCAACAUAAAAUAUAAUUGAAAAUACUACUAAUUACAGCUUUUCAAAAUUAAAUACAAGAAAUAUCAGUCCAAACCCAGCAUCUGAAAAUUAGGCUAUGAGAUCAAAAUAAAGUUUUGGAUCUGAUAUAAAACUCCAAUAAAUUUAGUUUAACUAUGCCUCUCCUAGUUAAGAUCAACUUAAAGAAGCAAAAGAAAAAGAAUCUAGGGCUAAAUCAGCAGGAAGAAAUAACAUUCGUGCUCGUUAUAUUAGUCAAAAUUAGAGAUAAAACGGUGUAGGAAAUAUAAAUACAAAUAUAAUGAAUACAUAAAUGCUUAUGAAUUAGUUAUAAUCAUCUACUAAAAAUGUGAAUGAGGAUGAAUCAAACAAUAUGAAAAAAUCUCAGCAAUACAGGAUAAAAUAAGGUGUAAAUUCUUCGACUAAAAAUAUGAUAGAUAUUUUGGGAAGGACUUAAAUGCCUCAACAAGCAAGCACAAAAAAUAAUAUUAAUUUAUCUGAAAUAGAUGAAGCAAACCAUACUCAAAGUGGAAUAUUUCUAAAAAAAUCUAGAAAUAAUAGUAAUGGAGGAAGUAACUUACCAUUUAGAGGGAAAAUAAAUGCUUCUUAAGGUAGUGGAGGAAGUGGAGCUAUUUUAGAAAAUAUAUAGAGAUCAUCUCAAAGCUAACACUACAACCUUAAUGGAAGUCUACAUGGUAAUAAUUAAUCCCUAUCAGGAAUAGCUUCAGGGAAUAUAUCAAAUAAUAUAAGCUAUGUAGCAAAUAUGAACCAAUCUUCAAAAAAUGCUGAAAAUUAGAGUUUUGUAGAUAUGAAUAUUGAUAAUAUAAAUUUAAAUAAUUUAACUGAGUCUUAGAUAAGAUAGACUCGAAUCAACAAUUUAAAAAAUUAUAUAUAAAAUAGUUACAGUAGUAACACUAAUGAUAGUAGUAAUCACAAUCCAAGUUAAUAAAAUAAUAGCGGAGAAAUAAAGAAAACAUCUACUGGAACAAAAAGCCCAAAUAAUUAGGUAAAUAAUACAAACUAAGGUUAACGGUCUUCUUCCUAAAAAAAUCCAUAAAUAAAUAAAAACUAAACUAAUUAUGGAGGAUAUUUUUAAAAUAGCUAAUAACAAGAAAAAGUACAACCUUUAAAAGCCUUACACAAUUUUACAGAUUCUGAUGUUUAGCUUUCCUCUUAAAAAAAUACCUAAGAACUUUCAUCUGGGAGAGCUUAAAACGAUAAAGAUAUAACUUCCUCUACUACUUAAGGCUAAAAGAAAACCAAUAGCAUGACUAAAUAAGAUUCUAAUUUAGAUGAGUAAUAAUUAGGUAUUAAUGAUUACCUGAAAAAUAUCAAUAGUAGCUUAAACUAUUUAAAAAAUAUUGGUCAAACAUACUCAACUAACACUAGUUCGCUAUUUACUCAAAAUAUUUCAGAAAAAGAUGCAAAUAUAGAAGAAAUGCACUUUUAUGCAGUUGAGUUUUAAUAAAAUUGUAAAAAAUGGCUUUCUCAUAUUGAAGACUAAAAAAUUUGA